AUGACUCAGGCGCUGAAGGUGUAUGCGCGCCGUAACCCAGACGAAGACUUUGCUGCACUACGGCAAGAGGCACUACUGCUGGCCUCAGAACACGGAUACACACAGCCGGAGAAGGAAAGUUGGAGAGACUCGCUGAAGCGAGAGAUCAUGGAAGAUGUGAAAUCCCAGAUGCAAGGACUCGCCCAAGAAUUAAUGAAGGAAAUUAAACCACUCCUUCAACCAGUCAAUGCUCCCCCACCGCCCCUGACACAACAUAGGGAGCGGUCGCGACCAGCGUCCAGUGUUAAUGACUGGGAUGGACAAGGAGUAACGAUUGAAGGGGUUGAGUUGCAAGGACUGUUGGAUACGGGGUCUCAGGUUACAUUAAUGCAGCAGAGUUUAUUUGAGCAGCAUUUUUCCAAAGCUAAGCUUGGGAAGACCCCUGUAGUUUUCCAGUUAAGGGCAGCCAAUGGCCUGGAGAUCCCUUACACUAGCUACGCAGUGUUUGAUCUAGAAGUGGAAGGCAUCAAAAUACCUGGACGAGGAGUCGUGAUUAUUAAAGAUAGACACUGCACCCACCCGCUCCUCAUAGGUAUGAAUGUUGUGACCGCCUGCUGGGAAACACUCUUUAAACAGCCUGGAAGGCCUGUUUCCACCCCACAGCAGCUGAAGAACCAGAGAGUUUGGCGGGAUGCUUUUGCUACCUGUCGACGUAUCAAGGCCACCAUGACAGAAGACGGAUUCUUGGGAAACGUGCGGCCAGCUGCUCGCCAAAAUAUCCAAGUCCCACCAAAGAGUGAACUGCUGGUGUGGGGCCGUGCUCGGAUGGGCCCGGGAGGAACUGACUACUGUGCCCUGAUGGAAGCACUACCUGAAACCAACAAUGUUGGCGUAGCUAGGACACUAGCAGUGGUAAGAAAUGGGAGGAUCCCUGUUCGUGUCUGUAAUCCAUAUCCCUACACCUUGUCAAUAGGGCGGUACCAGAAAUUGGGUAAGCUGUACCACAUUGAUGAAGCUGAUGUGCAUGGAUCUCAUGACCUUACCCUAUCUCUGGAAGACAAUGGUGUUGUUGAAGUGGCUUUGGUAGAUGCAACAGUCGACCACAAGGGGCAGGAGCUGCCUGAAGAGGUAAGGAACCUGACUAACCGACCUGAUCUCUCUAAACCGCAACAGGAGGAGCUAUGCACCCUGCUGCUCAAGUGGAAGGACGCGUUUGCUAACCAUGAUGAAGACUUUGGUCGGACAGACCUGGUACAACACCGUAUCCAUACAGGUGAUGCAGCGCCCAUCAGAGAAAGGUACCGACCUCUUCCGCCUCUGAUGUACAAGGAAAUGAAAAACCUACUUGCAGAAAUGCUUGAGAAGGGGGUAAUCAGAGAAAGUUGUAGCCCAUGGGCUGCACCCAUAGUUCUGGUGAAGAAGAAGGACGGUAACUGGAGGUUCUGUGUGGACUAUAGGAAACUUAAUGCCGUAACCCAUAAAGAUGCCUUUCCCCUUCCCAGAAUCGAAGAGACUCUAACAAACCUGACCCGAGCCGAGUGGUUUUCUACCCUUGACCUGGCCAGUGGCUAUUGGCAGGUUGAGAUGGACCCCCAAGACAGAGAGAAAACUGCCUUUACAACCCCACUGGGACUAUUCGAGUUUGAGCGCAUGCCUUUUGGCCUAUGUAAUGCACCAGCAACAUUUCAGCGCCUAAUGCAACAGUGUUUAAGUGGACAAAUGGCGGAGUCCCUAUUGGUGUAUUUGGACGACAUCAUAAUAUACUCACCUGACUUUUCCUCUCACCUACAGCAUUUGGAUGAAGUGAUCCAAAGAUUGUUGCGGCACGGCCUGAAACUGCGAUUGGACAAGUGUAAACUUCUCCAACAAGAAGUCAAGUUUUUGGGCCAUGUGGUGGACCAUUCUGGGACUGCUCGCCUGGGUGCUGUGGAACAACGCUGGGUCGCUCAGCUGGCUUCUUUCAACUACGACGUCAAGUACCGCCCAGGUAAAAGCAAUGCUAAUGCAGAUGCUCUGUCCAGGUUUCCAGUUGACCCCAUCCCUACCAGGGUUGCAGACCAGGAGUGUGAGACAGGAGCAAGCGUGACCACAGCAGCCAUUGAGCUAACCCCUAGAAGUGAGGACAGUGAGUGGGCUAGCAGCGAAUGGGAAGAUGCCCAAGCCAAUGAUCCAGACAUAAAAGUGGCUAAGAGGUAUGUAGAAAACCAGACUCUACCGACGGGACCAGAACGCCUAGCCUUGUCCUGUAGAACACAGAGACUGUUGCAACAGCGGAAAAGACUUAAAGUUGAAAACAAAAUAUUGUGUCGUAAGGUUACUGACCAGCAUACCCAUGAAGUACGCUUCCAGGUGGUGUGUCCAAGCUCAAGGCGUGAAGAGGUCUGGAAAAAGGUCCAUGAAGCCGCUGCCCAUGCUGGUGUGGAUCGAACACUGGCCCGGAUACGACAGCAUUUCUAUUGGCCUGACAUGGAGCAAGAGGUACGCCAUUUCCAUUUGGGUUGUGUUGCCUGCAGCCUCCAGAGGAAAAGAGUAGAGCCUAGGGCCCCUCUUAACCCAAUAGCUGUGUCAUACCCUCUUGAGGUAAUAGGGCUAGACUUCUUGUCCUUAGGUCGGCCAACAGACCGUAUUCAAAACAUCCUUGUUGCCACGGAUUUAUUUACACGCUACUCUUGGGCCAUCCCCACACAUGACCAAACGGCGCAGACGACAGUAAAAGCUCUGUGGACUCAUGUAAUACAGCCUUUUGGCUGUCCAGCUCGGUUCCAUUCUGACCGGGGACCAAAUUUUGAGUCGGCAUUGAUGAAACAGCUCUGCGAUACCUAUGGUAUAACUAAAAGCCGCACAACGCCGUACCAUCCUGCAGGAAAUGGUGGAACAGAACGCUUUAACCAGACCUUGUUAAACAUGCUCCGCUCUCUAGAGACAGAGAAGCAAAACCGUUGGCCAGAAUACUUGCUUGAGUUGGUACAUGCUUACAAUAAUACAAUACACAGUGCAACCAACUACACUCCCUCUUUUCUUAUGUUUGGGAGACAUCUGAGGCUUCCUGUACAUGUGGGACUUGGUGUCGGUCCCCAGCAACUACGCCAUGACAUUAGUGGUUGGAUACUGGACCACCAACAGAGACUUUCACUAGCGUAUCAUAUAGCUAGACAGAAAAUGGGUAACGCAGCCUCCCAAAGUAAACAACACUAUGACAAAAGAGCUAAAGCCAUGCCACUCUUACCUGGAGAGAGAGUAUGGGUACGCAACAGAAAUCGACGAGGUCAAGGAAAGUUGUGUACUUGGUGGGACCCUGAACAAUUUGUUAUUGUUGAACUAGUGGGCAAUACAGGGUUGGUGUAUAGGAUAAAACCUGAGAAGGGGGGCCGUGAAAGAACUGUACAUAGAAAUGCUUUAAAAGUCUGCUUAGCUCCUCCAGCAGACCCCAACCCACCGACCAAUGGGCCCGCAGAAGAGACACCCGCAGAAGAGACACCCUGGCCACAAGGAACAGCAUUCUAUGGGUUUGCUCCAGCCCCAGUGGUGGUCCCGGCGCAGGAGCAAGGACCAGAAGUAGCGCCACGACGCUCAAACAGGACUAACCUCGGCCAACCACCUGCUCGUUAUAGGGACGUUUAGGUAUUCAUGUUGCAGGGACUGCCAACAUUAAAGAGUGGAGGGAUGUCACCAGGGGGACAUUGUGGUUUAAUUAUUGGUUAUAUUUCAGCAUGGUUUUGGUUUUAUGUAUGGCAUGUUUUUAUAAACAUUUUAGCAUGUUUUGUUUUUAUAAACAUUUUAGCAUGUUUUGUUUUUAUUACAUUUUAGCAUGUUUUGUUUUAUUACAUUUUAGCAUGUUUUGUUUUUAUAACAUUUUAGCAUGGUUUGUUUUAUUACAUUUUUUAUUUAUAAAACCAAUGUUUAGUCAACUACAUGCACCUGGAGGGACUAAUCAACUACAGAGCCCUGGCCAACCAUAUUUCACUAGGAGAAAGGACCUCCCCUCCCCAAUCACCCCAGCUGCUAUAAGGACACCAAGCACGGCAUGAGAGGGGGUAGAGAGACCACGAGGUAGAGAGACCACGAGCAGAGAGGCCACGAGAAGGAGAAGCCACAGGAAGGAGAAGCCACAGUGGAGUGAAGCAGUGGAGGACGACAAGGCAGCGGACGAGCAGGCAGGGUGCAUACAAGGACGAGACGGAUUGGGCACCUCACUGGCAACCGGAAACUCAGAGAAAGGACCGGACGGAUCAGCGGCUGGUUGAAUUUUAAACCUUGUUUUUAGCGCUUUGUUCCAGCUGGACUUUUUACAAUUGUAGUUAUUUAUGGACUUUUAGUUAUAAUAAAAUCCUCCUUUUAAACCACGUUUUUAAGUCUUGUAACCCAUGCUGUUCUUCCUUCGAUGAACAAAGAACCGGUUUUUAUGGAGACCUAGACUCCGCAACUAGGUGGCGUUGCUGGUACCCUUUUUAUAAAUUUAUCUUAUAUUUUUUUAUUAGAUUUUAAGUCCCCCGCCUCACCGGGCUGACAC